GCUGUCCACAGGGGCUCAGAAGUUAACUUCAUCAUAGCUAACAUGGCUCGAAUUCUUCAGCCUUACAGUACAGCACUUCUGGAGGUCGGCGUUGAGCGGCCCUUCUUCGUCUUGAAACGAGGUUGGUCUUCGUACUCUCCACAGCAGACAAAGUCGGUUUACGGGCUGUCAUGUCGCCGUCUUCAGGUUGGUGACGUGUGUAUAUACGUGACUAAGGGAGAACAGCAGCGCUCGAAGCGUUCCAGCACCGUUAGUACUGUGGAGGCAGAUGCUGCAGCAUUGAAAGAGGGUGUCACCGGUGGAGGCGAUAGACAAAAGCAGCUGCAGCACUCUGCACUACAUCACACCGUCGCAAAACAACCCGUCGGGGACAUUAGCCUUGGUUUUGAGCCCGGUACAGAACACUAA